AUGGCGCAGAUACGCGGAACUGCAGGUUACAACUUGGGCCUGAACAAUCAGUUCUCUUCUCCUCGCAGUCAGGAUGCUACAAGUGAUCCAAGUCCUCUAGAUCAAAUUCGAGAACAGACUAGCAAAAUCGAAGAUUGGUUGACCAGCGUGGGCGAGCCUUUGAAGCCCUAUCUUCCAGCCAUAGGGCGAUUCCUUAUCGUGGUUACCUUUCUUGAAGAUGCUCUCCGAAUCAUCACUCAGUGGGGCGAUCAGCUCACAUAUCUCAAGGAUUUCAGACACAUUCCAUGGGGGAUCACACAUCUCUUCCUUAUCUUCAAUGUCAUCGUAAUGUCCUCAUGCUCGACCCUCGUCAUCAUGCGCCGCUAUAGUGAAUAUGCGGUGAGCGGUCUCCUCGUCGUUGUGGUAGUCCAAGCUCUCGGCUACGGCUUGAUUUUCGAUCUCAACUUCUUCCUCCGCAACCUGUCCGUCAUCGGUGGUCUUCUCAUGGUUCUGGGAGACAGCUUCGUCAAGAAAAGCCGGGUCUUUGCUGGUCUUCCAACCAUUGACGAGAAGGACAAGAAGAUGUACAUUCAGCUCGGUGGACGAGUCCUUCUCAUCUUCCUCUUCGUUGGAUUUGUCUUUGCAGGAGACUGGAGCAUUUGGCGAGUUUUCGUCAUUCUUGUUGGAUUUGUCGCCUGUGUCAUGGUGGUUGUCGGCUUCAAGGCGAAGCUCAGUGCCAUUGUCUUGGUCCUACUCCUCAGUAUCUUCAACGUGCUUGUCAACAACUUCUGGACGCUGCAUAAGAACCAUCCCCACAAGGACUUCGCCAAGUAUGACUUCUUCCAGAUUCUUUCUAUCAUGGGUGGUCUUCUGCUCCUGGUGAACAUGGGACCUGGUCAACUGAGUGUAGACGAGAAGAAGAAAGUCUAUUGA